UAGCAGUCGAUCUUUAGCGCAGAUUAAAAAUGUUGUAUCUAAUGACACAAUUAAAAUAUUAAAGUUUACAAAUUAGGGAUUCAUUUCCAUUAUGACCUAAUGCCCCACCUAUUACUUUAAGCCCGCGUUCUAAAUAAAUACCUACCUAAUAAGUACUUACUUAGACGCAAUUUACCUCCCAUGCUAUCACAAGUACUUAUGUCUAGCGUACGUGUUAUGUAAUGUGUGGUCGAACUUUAAAGUCAGCUAGGUCAUUUCUCGGGCAUUGACAGAGCCCCAUUAUUCAUUUCAAAUAGGGGUUCCUAAGUAAAUAUGAACGUAGAAUGCGUAUAUUUUACCCACUUGUGCGUUCUCAAUAACAUACCUUAUUUUAUUACGCAUCAUUUUAUAUUAUAACUAUUACCUACUUAGUUCGAUCGAUUCUCAGUGAAGCGAACAUCGAACACGUGUUACCCGCUUUAGUAGCAAAGUGACACAGCGUCACCGCGGACUCCGCCAUGGAACACAGCUGUGACGUUAGUCCGAGUGGCGGUUCAGGCGGUUCUAUUCUCGCUGCCCGAUCAAUACGGCGUUAUCAACAUAACUGUGUAGGUGUUUACAUGCGCGUAGUACCCACACAGCCUCGCUUGAAUGAGGUUGUCGCGAGUGAUAACGCGGCGCAGUAAAUAAAUCAUGUAUUAAUAUUUUAAGGAAAUGUGAACAUAUCUCGCAGCGAAAUGCCGCUGCCAGAACUUUUGAAACGAGCCUCGAGCUAUUUCCUCGGUUUGGAGUUCGAUGAUAACGAGGAACCCCCUGAUUACGUCGACAACGAAAUAUUGUUUUGCAAGAAUAAUGUGUGCGUGCAUCCGCCGACUGUAGCCAGGCAUGAGCUGGACAUCGUGCACCAUCCAGGGUACCUCACAGUCACUACCAAAGUGUUUACUGAUCAACACAAUAAUGCCAAACGACCUACGCUUUUCCUCAACUGGAUUCCGAAUUCUACAUUACGGAAAUGUCCUUCGGCUGUAGAAACCAGUCCGAACGAUGAGUUGGUGUGUUCAGGUAAACCGGCGAAUCCGAAGGAGAUACCUAAAUCACGCAGCAAUAGAAACAGCAUAAAAUUGGAUGCUAACAACGAACAUGCAUUUUCUGACUCUUCAGAGACUACAAGUUUGAAUUCAAACUCUGAUAAACAAAGUAUAAAGUCGUCUGAUACGAGGUACACUCCCAAUGAUACGACUCAGGAGGAAUUAUCUUCUAGUUCUAAGCCUACAGUAAAGUCUAUAGAUUCAGUAAAGGAUAAUGUUUUCAGUAGCUUUGAGAAGGAUGAGUCCAGGGAUGAGGUGUUUGUUUACGACAAACACGUGAGAUCACAGUCAAUGACGUCUGUGAACAUCACAAUAGCUAAUCCAACAAUAGAGAACGUAGAUUUGACCCCUGACUCCGUGUCGGGAGACAGGUUUAUUAGGUCACUGUCAAUGAGUUCGUGUGACGAGGGUAACCCUAAUUGGAUGAGUACUCCGGAGUUUUUAGCUCUCAAACAUAACUUGGUGUUUCCUGACAGUGUCCAUAGUUCACCAGUGCCGCAAAGACGAGCUCCUUUGAAAUGUCGAAGAUUCUCGGUGGACCUGAGUCAGAUGCGGUCACUUCGUCUAUUCUUUAACGACGACAACUGCACGUGUGGGCAGUUGGUGGUAGCUUCCAGGGAAUCCCAGUACAAAAUUUUACAUUUCCACCAUGGAGGUCUGGAUCAUUUGGCGCAAGUCCUCCAUCGAUGGCACUCAUUACUUCACAAUAUCAAACUUACACCAGGCACUGUUUCCACAGGUUCUGAAGAGCCAAACUUACCGUAUCGUCAUUUUAUGGUAUGCCGUCCAGAAGUGCAGAAGUCUGAACAGCAUCCCGAGGAAGGCAAACUUCCCAAAAUAUCCCCCGAACUGUUUUACGGAAAGAUAAUGAACGCAAAGGGUGUGAUCGAAGACGAUCUCUUUUUGAGGAAAUGCGUCUUCUUCGGAGGACUGGACAAGGAACUUAGGAGGGAAGUGUGGCCAUUCCUAUUACAUUGCUACCCUUACAACUCAACGUAUGACGAAAGGGAGAUAAUUCUUCAGAUCAGGUCGAGAGAAUAUGACGAAAUUACGACCAGGAGACUGGAAAAGAUGACUCCUGAGCAGCAUGCAAUUUUUUGGAAGACAGUACAAUGUGUGAUAGAGAAAGAUGUGGUCAGAACAGAUAGAGGAAAUCCAUUUUUUGCGGGAGAAAAUAAUUAUAACGUGGAAAUAAUGAAGAACAUAUUGUUGAACUAUGCAGUAUACAAUCCAGUUUUAGGGUACACCCAAGGAAUGAGUGACUUGUUAGCUCCAGUAUUGUGUGAGAUUAAAUGCGAGGCUGAAGCAUUCUGGUGUUUCGUGGGGCUGAUGCAACGAGCCAUAUUUGUGUGCACACCGACCGACAAUGACAUGGAUAACAAUCUUGUAAGAUACAACAACUGUUUAAUGUCCAAUAAUAGUUACCUGCGUGAAUUAAUAAGGAUUAUGUUGCCACAUUUCUACAAGCAUUUGGAGAAACACGUUGACGCAAUGGAAUUAUUGUUUUGUCACCGUUGGAUAUUAUUGUGUUUCAAACGCGAGUUCACCGAAGCGGUAGCCCUGCGCAUGUGGGAAGCAUGCUGGGCUAAUUAUCAGACGGACUACUUCCAUCUCUUCCUAUGCCUGGCCAUCAUUGCAGUGUACGCUGAUGAUGUCAUCGCACAGGAUCUCAACACUGAUGAGAUGCUGCUGCAUUUUAGUUCUUUAGCAAUGUACAUGGAUGGCCGACUCAUCCUGCGCAAGGCUAGAGGUCUAUUGUAUCAGUUCCGUCAGCUAGUCAGGAUCCCUUGCACCUUAGUGGGCAUGUGUCAGCGAUGUGGACCUGGGAUAUGGGACUCCACUCACCGACCUAGUGUCGAAUGUACCGGAGCCCAUGACUUCUGCAAGUAUGCUGUGCAGUAGACGAAGAUUGAAGCUAUUGAAUACGGUUUUCGGAGUACACAGCUGGAUGUGUUUAGUUUGGAUUGUUUUGUUUUGUUCAAAAGCCGCUAUGUAGAAAAUAGACUCUACGUUCUUCGAUGCAGCCAUGUUAGAAGUGCAAUGUCGUGAGGCAGUUUUAUUAAAUCAGUAUUAAUAACUUUGUUUAGACACUAGUGCCGUGCGUUAUCAGCUUUUAAUUAGAAUUAAAUUGCAUUUUGCCAUGUUUCAUUUAAAACUAAAGUUUAGAAUGUAAGUUUAUGUACAAAACAUUGUAUUAAAACUAAGUUUUGUGAAGAGAAAGGCGUAAAUGGAGUCUCAAAUUAAAGUAAAAAUAUAACAGUUUAGUUAUUUGUAUGCUUUUAGAAAGGAUGUAAGUAAAAUGUCAUGAUUGUUUCGAAAAAGUGAAUAGCAGAAUUGUGUAGUAAUGAAAUGGUCACGUUUUUACGAACAAACGUUAUGUUUUCUGAGAAAAGUUUUCAGUACGUAACGCGAAGUGAAAAUGUGACCC